AUGGAUAAACUCAGCUUUCUGUGGAAAGACCGGCAAAGCUUCCCCGACGUCGUCGUGCCCCUCGCGGAUGCCCCUGCGCCAGCCUACUCGGACCCCAACGCGGAACCCAAAUCCCACCCCGAUGCGAAAACUAAUCUGAACAGGCUGGACAGCGCCUCCUCGCAGGAGAAGGGUGCAAGCCCCGUUCCGUCGUCCGGUGUGCUAACCAUCGAAGGCUUACGAGCGGAGGUCGAGUCGGCCGUCGCAGCCUCGGGUGUGGACAGUGCCUAUGACCGCAAGGCGAAGAUUAUCAACCGAGCUAUCCAAGACAUUGGCAUGGGCCGCUACCAGUGGGAAUUGUACGUUCUCUGCGGAUUUGGCUGGAUUGCAGACAAUCUUUGGUUGCAGGGAGUUGCACUUACUUUAAACCCCCUGGCUAUGGAAUUCGGUAUCUCAGAGUCUCAUGUCCGCUUCACCACCGUUGCCUUGUUUGUCGGUCUCAUCGUCGGUGCCACGUUCUGGGGUAUUGCGUCCGAUGCCAUCGGGCGUCGACCGGCGUUUAACCUAACACUUUUUCUCUGCGGUGCCUUUGGCCUCGCUUCUGGUGGUGGCCCUUCCUGGGUUGGAACCUGUGCUUUGUAUGCCUGUCUUGGUCUGGGUGUUGGUGGCAACUUGCCCGUGGAUGCCGCCAUCUUCCUUGAAUUCCUGCCCUUCGACUCGGGAAGUAUUCUGAGCUCGCUGGCCGUGUUUUGGUCUGUGGGUAAUCUAAUUGCUAGUUUACUCGCUUGGGCUUUUAUCCCCAACUUCUCGUGCGACGAUGCUGCGUCUUGUACGAAGGAAGACAACAUGGGCUGGAGGUACCUGGUUUUGUCACUGGGAGCCAUCACAUUCGCCAUGUUUCUGUGUCGAUUCUUGCUGUUCACGCUUUACGAGUCCCCGAAGUUUCUCGUGUCUCGCGGUCGCCAGGAUGAGGCCGUCGCUGCCGUUCAGGGUAUUGCCUACCGCAAUAAAACCAAGACCUGGCUGACGGCCGACGUCCUCAACGAGAUUGGAGGCCACCCAGAAACGCGCUCUGAUGAGAAGCUGUCGUAUGUGGAGAUUGUUCGUAGAUCUCUUUCUCGCUUCUCCUUACAGCAGGUGGCUCCUCUUUUUGCCAACAAGAGGUUGGGAAUCACGACCAUUCUCAUUUGGUUCUGUUGGACUACCAUUGGAAUGGGCUACACCCUUUUCAACGCCUUCCUCCCCCAGUACCUGAGCACCUCAGCGUCUGUGUAUGAAACGUACCGCAACUACGCCAUCACGGCGGUUGUGGGUCUUCCGGGACCCAUUCUAGCCCAUUACACCGUGGACAUGAAGUACAUCGGUAGAAAAGGAACCAUGGCCAUCUCCACAUUGAUCACAGGAGUCCUGCUUUUCUGCUUCACGGCAGCAAAAGACUCCGACACGCAGCUAGUCUGUUCAGCGCUUGAAUCCUUCUUCCAGAUGAUGAUGUAUGGUGUACUGUACGCCUACACACCCGAGGUUUUCCCUGCUCCGAACCGUGGCACCGGAACGGGUAUUGCCAGCUGUCUCAAUCGAAUUGCUGGUCUCUGUGCUCCCAUCAUCGCCAUAUAUAGCGGAAAUGCUGAUCCGAGUGCCCCGAUUUAUGCCGCUGGCGCGCUGAUGAUCGUUUCCUUCGUUGCUAUGGCUUUGCUACCGAUUGAAACGAGAGGAAAGCAGCCUCUUUAG